AUGUCUCUUAUACCUCAGCCGCGAUUGGUAACGCUCACCGAUGGUUGCGUUGAACUGGCAACACUGGAGAGCAUCAAGAGCGAGAUUGACUCAACUCUCCCACGUGAAGGCUACACGAUAGAUAUCAGCGAGGAGUCAGGAGUCACUCUACGCGGUGGUUCCGAGGCAGGGCUCUUCUAUGCGCGGCAGACGCUUCGACAACUUCUUCCCGCAAGGGCUCUUCGCAAAGCUGGCAAUGGCACCAAAGGCCCAUGGAAGCUACAAACUCAGCAUAUUUCCGAUUCUCCAUCUUCAGGAUUCAGCUGGCGAGGGUGCAUGUUGGAUGUAGCGCGCCAUUUCAUGCCUGUUCCCGAUAUAUUGCGAUUCAUCGACCUAAUGGCCUUCCAUAAACUCAAUGUGUUGCAUCUUCAUCUUACCGAUGAUCAAGGCUGGCGCAUUGACGUCCCAGAUUACCCAAAGCUCACCUCUGUUGGUGGGUGGCGCUCCAGAACCAUGCAGGGCGCGCGGCAACAUGGGCUGUAUGAUGGCAGGCCACAUGGAGGGUUUUACUCAGAAGAUGACCUACAUGAGAUAGUAGCCUUUGCAGCCGAGCGUCACAUUACCGUGGUCCCGGAGGUGAACAUGCCUGGACAUAUGCAGGCCGCGAUUGCAGCAUAUCCUGAGUUGGGAAAUGUUGAUGUCCCAGGCCGAGACCAAGCCAUUGGUGUUCGAGACUGGUGGGGUAUCUCGAAACAUGUCUUGAACGUGUCCAACCCUACUCUGGACUUUUGCCGCUCUGUUUUAACUUAUGUUUGUCGCGUAUUUCCUUCCGAGAUGAUUGGAAUCGGUGGCGACGAGUGCCCGUACGACGAGUGGAAGGAGAGUCAAGCAGCACAAGCUCGCAUGAAGGAGCUAGGUCUCACCCAAGAGCCACAAUUGCAAGGCUGGUUCACGAAGCAAUUGACAGAUCACUUGGAGAAGCUUGGAAGACGCGCUCUGGCAUGGGACGAGGCUAUGACAGGCUAUUCCGGAUCUGUUGGGUCUCUUCUUAUCACUGCUUGGAGAGGCCCUGGCCCAACGGCUGUAGCAGCCCGACGAGGCUUCGAUGUGGUGGCCUGUCCUGACAUUGAUUCGUAUUUUGACUAUCGCCAGUCCGAAGACGCAGGAGAGCCGACGCCGAUGGAAUGUCUGUUGACACUAGAAGAUGUUUACAACACGAACCAUAUUCCAGCAGGAUUAACACCGGAAGAAGCAGCUCAUAUCAUUGGAGCGCAAGUUACCGUCUUCACAGAGAACAUGGAAAGUAUACGGCGGGUAGAGUACAUGGCAUUCCCGCGGCUUUGUGCCUUUGCAGAGGUAGCAUGGGGCCGAGGAAGCAAUGACUUUGAGGGAUUCCGGAAGAGGCUGGAGCAAGGGCAUAUUGCCAGACUCGAGGCAUUAGGAGUGAAUUACAGGCCGCUAGCGGGACCAAGACCCUGGGAUGGGAAACCGGACGCCCCAGGCAAAGUUCAGUCGCGCGCUGAGCGUCUUGCACAAAUCGAAAAGGUGGCGGCUGAGUUUGCCAACCUAUAG